GUUAAGGCACUGGAGCAGCUAGUCCUCACAGACCUGUGGGAGCUGGAGUAGGAGCACCAGGAGCACCAUCCCUUCUGAGUGUCCGGCUUCCCCCAAAGCUUCAACUCUGGAGGCGAUGGGUCGAAAGGAAGACGAUGACUGCAGCUCCUGGAAGAAACAGACCACGAACAUCCGGAAAACCUUCAUCUUCAUGGAAGUGCUGGGAUCAGGAGCUUUUUCAGAAGUUUUCCUGGUGAAGCAAAGGCUGACGGGGAAGCUCUUUGCCCUGAAGUGCAUCAAGAAGUCACCUGCCUUCCGGGACAGCAGUCUGGAGAACGAGAUUGCCGUGUUGAAAAAGAUCAAGCAUGAAAACAUCGUGACCCUAGAGGACAUCUACGAGAGCACCACUCACUACUACCUGGUCAUGCAGCUUGUUUCUGGCGGGGAACUCUUUGACCGGAUCCUGGAGCGGGGUGUCUACACAGAGAAGGAUGCCAGCCUGGUGAUCCAGCAGGUCUUGUCAGCAGUGAAAUACCUCCACGAGAAUGGCAUCGUCCACAGAGACUUAAAGCCUGAAAACUUGCUGUACCUAACCCCUGAAGAGAACUCUAAGAUCAUGAUCACAGACUUUGGUCUGUCCAAGAUGGAACAGAGUGGAGUCAUGUCCACUGCUUGUGGGACCCCAGGCUAUGUGGCUCCGGAAGUGUUGGCCCAGAAACCCUACAGCAAGGCUGUGGAUUGCUGGUCCAUUGGCGUCAUCACUUACAUAUUGUUGUGUGGGUAUCCCCCCUUCUAUGAAGAAACGGAGUCAAAGCUCUUCGAGAAGAUCAAGGAGGGCUACUAUGAAUUUGAGUCUCCAUUCUGGGAUGACAUUUCUGAGUCAGCUAAGGAUUUUAUUUGCCACCUGCUGGAGAAGGACCCGAAUGAACGGUAUACCUGCGAGAAGGCCUUGAGGCACCCGUGGAUUGAUGGGAACACAGCCCUCCACCGGGACAUCUACCCAUCAGUCAGUCUCCAGAUCCAGAAGAACUUUGCCAAGAGCAAGUGGAGGCAAGCCUUCAACGCGGCCGCUGUGGUCCACCACAUGAGGAAGCUGCACAUGAACCUGCACAGCCCAGGCCUCCGCCCGGAGGUGGAAAACAGGCCACCCAGCACCCCAGUCUCAGAAGCCUCGAGAUCCGGCUCCUCCGAGAUCACCGUCCCCGAGGCCCCGGCCCUGGAUCAGAGUGCGGCCCUUCCCGCCCUGACACGGCUGCCCUGCCAGCUCGGCGCCCGGCCGGCGGCCCCCGGGGGCCGGUCCCUCAACUGCCUGGUCAACGGCUCGCUCCGCAUCAGCAGCAGCCUGGUGCCCAUGCAGCAGGGGCCCCUGGCCGCCGGGCCCUGCGGCUGCUGCUCCAGCUGCCUGAGCAUCGGGGGCAAAGGGAAGUCCUCCUACAGCUCCGAGCCCGCGCUGCUCAAAAAAGCCAACAAGAAACAGAACUACAAAUCAGAGGUCAUGGUGCCAGUUAAAGCGGGUGGCGGUUCCCACUGCCGGGCGGGGCAGACUGGAGUCUGUCUCAUUAUGUGA